AUGGUGGAGUCAUCCAGCUGCAGUGCUUCAUCCAAAAUGGCCAGACAGUCAGGAGUAGAAAUCACAAGCAUCAACAAUGCAGAGAAAUGUGGAAAAUGCCAGGUUCUCAUCUGCCCAUGCUCCAAAGUGAUUGUGAGGUUCCUGACUGUAAUCACGAAGCAUGGCUACAUUGGAGAAUUUGAAAUUAUCGACGAUCACAGGGGUGGAAAAAUUGUUGUUAAUCUCACAGGGAGACUGAACAAGUGUGGUGUCAUCAGCCCCAGAUUUGAUGUUCAAGUAAAGGAGCUGGAAAGGUGGCAGAAUAGUCUUUUGCCUUCCCGUCAGUUUGGGUACCUCAUUCUCAUGACCUCAGCUGGCAUCAUGGACCAUGAAGAGGCCAAACGAAAACACACAGGAGGAAAAAUCUUAGGAUCCUUUUUCUAA